UUUAGUAACAUACAGGCAGCUUUACUCGUCCAGCGGUCUUACGCGGCGGUACGUGCGCGCGCGAGUUCACCCCGCAGCAGGGAAAGCGUAAAAACAAAGCGGCUCUCGCGGACGGACAUCGCACGCCGCCGGAACGCGAAACAGCAAAAUCCCAGUGGAAAAUGUAACGAUUUUGAAAAGUCUUCUCGCGAGGAGGGAAGAGAAAAGCGUCGAAGGAGGAAAAACGAAGGAGACAGAGCGAAAAGGGGAGAAACGGCGGCGGCGGCGGCGAUUUUCCACUUCGAAGGGGACGCGAGGCGCUUCGCCACCGGUGGACCGAUCAGGCCGAAGGGCAAGUUUCAUGGCGUGAGGCGUCAUCGGGGACUCGCGGAAGCUCGCCUGUUUUCCUCGCGGAAGAGCGAAGACCGAAAGUCAGGAUGCACGCGGUUGGAUUGCACUCGGCGCUGGCCAUCAAGCGUCAGCGCAAGCGUCGGGACGAGCAGCGUCGCGCGCGCGAGCGUCGUUAUAGCGCGCAAUCGGGCGAGAGCGGCCUGACGUCGCCUAGGGCCUCGACCGGAUCGCUGGACCAACACGGCAGGCAUCACGGCAAGGGCGCGCACGGCGCCGGGCGCCACAGCGCCGGCCAGGGCCAUGCUGGGACACCAAGGUGGGUCACCUCGAUCGGGAUGCUGCACAUCGGCGUCGUGUUCCUCGUCCUGGGCGCGUUCCUGCUGAUGAGCGGCCUGCUGCCGGGCGAUCUCGCCCACUGGGCGAAGGCGUCCGGCGGCUGGUACGAGCUCGUGGCGGUCGGCCUGUCGCGAUCAUCGUCGGCGUCUCCUCAUCGUCCUGACCGCGUGAUCGCGAAGAAGGAGGAGGACGAUCUCGAGGAGUACGUGCAGCGUCAGCUGACCCCGCUCCCCGCUCCGGGCCACCGUCUCGAGAGGGACGUGGAGACGGGCGGGCUGACCACGCGCCACGCCAGACGCGCGAAGCAGCAGAUGAAGCAGGCGUCGUCGGACAUCGAGAUCAAGGAGAAGAGCGCGACCAGCAGCGAGUCGCCGGAGUCCAGGAGCCCGCCGCCGGCUUACUCGCCGCAGCCGACGAUCAACGGCGACAAUCAGGCGACGGCGCAGCUCUACCUGGAGCAGAUCACCGAGGAGGAGAUCAUCAGCGACCGCGUCGAGACCUCGACGACCAACAGCCUGAGCCCGGGCUCGCCCAGCGAGACCAGGGAGCUGCUGCAGAACGCGCGGUACUCGAAGCAGAACGGGAAUCCGCAGCAGGUCCACCGGCCGCUCUACGUGUCCAAGAUGUAGAUCCCGUCGGAUUAAGCGGAGGGGGGGGCGGGGAGGACUCCAGCGACGUCCCACGAUGAUUCUGCCAAGGCGAACGCGUACGCGAUAAUCAGAUAACGGAGAUAACGACGAAACGACACGCUCUCUCCGUCGUAUUCUCGCGCUCCAAUUCCGCGCACGGGCGCACCUUAUCGUACAUAUUAAACAAAAGUCUUUUUAUCCACGAUUGUUCCGAGCGGCGGGGUUAUUCCUCGUGGUGAAAUUUCGCGAGAUCGUGGGCGCUUAAUACGAAUUCGUUUGCGCGAAAUGUACAAGAAGGGAACGCGCGCCGCGAUGUUUUUUUCGCGCGGAUAUAUCUCGUCCGUCGAGGCGUGCACCUCGCGACGAAAUUGCGCAGCACAACGCGGAGACUGUGAAAAUAAUUUAAUAUCGGGAACACGCGGAUUUCCACGCGGUAAAUAGCGGUGGUGUCGCGAAAAACCAAAGCACGCCGGCGACACUGCGGGCGAAAGAGACUUUCGAUCGAUCGCGUGGCGAAAUUUACGAGAAGGAAGAAUCUUAAUAAUCAUAUACACGGUACACAACACACACACACACAGACACAUGCGCAUGCACACAACACUUAGACGAAGCACGAAGUAGGAAAACAAGAGAAUCGAAUUCAAGGACCAAGAGCACUAUCCAAGGAGAUCAUAUCGUAAGAGGAGGCACGAUUUUGCGAAACGAUUGCUGUUAAGAUGCAUCUAAUAGGGAAGUAAUCGAUAAAUAACUUACUGAGAAUAAUCCGUUUAUACCUAAAAAUCUAUUAGGCGUAUAAGUGAGGGCGCAUGUAUUACGAUAUAUAAUCCUUUAUACACUUUCUAUCCUUCGUACGUUCGAUCCUCAUUUGCCAAUUAUUUCGAAAAUGAAUUCGCAAACGAGGCGUCUCUAUCAAUCUAAGUUAGAUGAGAUUCCAGUAAAACGCGGUAUUAAUUUUUUUUUCUCCUUAAACAAUUAUGUAGUUAUAUCGAGCGCGCUGCGAUAUUACGUUCGAAGCGGCUGAUCUCGUUAAAAAGUUGCGAUAAUUAUUACUUACGAUCGUUAUCUCUGAUCUCAUCAUACAUAUAGCCGCGUCGGCAACGAGAGAACGGUUCGUUUCUGCGCAAGGACUGAAGGUAGCGGAAUGUUUCCGACUAUAUGAUGACACUCCGAGACUUGAUUUCGACAUAUUCUAUAGCGCUAAUAUUUUAACACGCACUCUCGGAGGAAGAUUCGUUCAAUACAUAUGCGCACACAUAUAUAUAUAUAUUGAACGAAUCCAUCUAUAUAUAUAUAUAUACGACGAAUUCCAGAAUGUACGCCAAGAAUUGCAACUAUUCGUCCAGCGACUGUUGGCGCGACAGUUAUCGUUAAGCUAGUCGAUAAUUUGUAAUAUGCUAUAUUCCUUUUUAUAAUAUAUUAAGCAUUUAUUUACAUACACUAACUUUAGUCGGCGGAGAUCUUUGAGAAUGAACGACGUCGCGAGAAACUCCCGUCAUUCCACUGAAAUUA